AUGGAUCCGUCAGGGAUCAUCGGCAUCAUCAGCGUGGUGGCUCAGAUCGUCACCACGUGCACGAAACUUGGCCUGAGCUGGCGUGAUGCUCCCGAAGACGCCAAAAGAUUCAAGAAUGAGAUGGAUGGGCUGUACAAAACACUGUCAGAAACUUCAAGCCUUCUGAUCCAGAAUCCCGACUUUAUUGUAGCCUUUGAGGGACAGCACUCUGCGGUGCUGUCUAACCUGACGACACUCUCCAGUCCCGACGAUGAAAGCCUCCUCUCUGCUUGUCAAGACGAACUCGUUCGUAUUCUUGAGGGGCUGCAGAAGCAGCUUGAGGGUAGCCGCUUCGGCUGGCAACGGUUCAAAGCGAUGUUCUCUGGCGAAAUGACGCAGUCAGCAAUUGAAAACCUUCAGCGCCGGUGCCAAGUGAUCAACAGCAUGAUCUCGAUCGACAAUACGACGCUUGCGGUGAAAACCAACCUCGAAGUCCGGUCUUUGAAAAAGGAUCUUGCCGGAAGACAUUUAGAAGAAAGGAAGAUACAGAUUCUGGAUAGAAUAACGCCAGUCGACUUCACAACGCAGCAGAUUGACAACCUCGAUAGGAGGCAAGAGGGAACUGGAAAAUGGCUUCUUGAAUCCCCAGAGUUCGAAGCCUGGGUCCUUGGAGAUCGAAGAACACUAUUCUGUCCCGGAAUGCCUGGUGCUGGGAAGACUAUGCUUUCGUCCAUCGUCAUCGAGCAUCUCAAACGCCGGUUUGAGGGAAAUUCGACGGUUGGAGUUAGCUUCAUGUUUUGCAAUUUCCGACGGCACGAUGAGCAAACACCCCGUAACUUGCUAGCCAGCAUAUUGAAGCAACUCUAUUGCACGACGCCAGAAGAGUGCGAAGAGGUAGAGAACACCUACAGGCACGGGAUGUCUUCGGCGUCGAAACAAGACAUAAUGCGUUGUCUUCAAGCCGUGGUACCCCGAUUCAGCAGAGUAUACGUUGUCAUCGACGCCUUGGAUGAACUCGACGAAAAUCGAAAUAUGUUUCUCGAAGCUAUAUGGAGUUUGCAGGAAACAUCAUAUGUCAACAUUUUUGCGACUUCUAGGCACAUACCAGAAAUCGAGCGCUACUUCGAUGGUUCACCAUGCAUCGAAAUACGGGCUUCCGAUGGAGAUGUGAUGAAGUUCCUAGAUGGCCAGAUGUCGAAGCUUCCCUUAGCUGUGAGAAAGAACGAAGGCCUCCAAGACCAAAUCAAGGAUGCUAUCAUUCAAGCCGUUCAAGGAAUCGGUUCCGAGGCGUACGACGUUGCGUAUGAGAAUGCCAUGGAGCGCAUCGAACGACAGCUCGAAGACCAAAGGUCUCUCGCAAAGGACACGCUGUCCUGGAUAUGCUGCGCUCGAAGACCACUCGAUACCGUGGAGCUACAACACGCUCUCGCCGUGGAGGAAGGGACGACUAAACUAGAUGAGGACAACCUCCCUGAGCUAGAAGAUAUCGUUUCAGUCUGUGCUGGUCUAGUUACGAUUGAUGAAGAGAGCAAGAUUAUCCGUUUGGUUCACUACACGACCCAGGAAUUCUUCGAGAGGACGAAGGAGCGUUGGAUUCCUGAAGCGCAAACGCUCCUUGCGAAAUCUUGCGUUGCGUAUCUUUCUUAUGACAAAUUCAGGGUCACCUAUGAGGAGCACUUCGAGCGGAUGUGGAUAAAUCUAGAAAAGGAAGAGCAAACUCAGCUAUCACAGUCUCGAAAGGAUCGACAUCGGCUUAACAUCACUGGAGAUUCAUUGUACCGCUACGCCGCUUACAACUGGGGUUAUCACGCGAGAUACAUUAAUCACCCAGACCAGGGAACACUCCUCUUCCUUACCGACAGAGCAUACAAUGAAGAUAAUCUGAACCUCGAGGACAGCCGCGGUUACACGCCAUAUAUAUAUGCCAUCUGGGGGGGCGACGAGAGGUUUCUGGAUUAUCUCUUCGCACAAAGUGGGCUUGAACUCAACAUGAAAUUCAAAGAUGGAUAUUUUGAUCUUUUCAGCAUCGCUUUGAUAUGCGAAAAUGAAACCGCUGUCCGUCAUUUGAUAGGGAUGUAUCAGAGCCAUCACGAAACCAAUUGGCUGGUGGUUUUAAUUCUUGCCAUAAAAUGGGGCAACGUUUAUAUUUUCAAGCUCGUAACAGAAGCAGGCAAGGUUGAUAUCGAUGUUUUGGAGCGGCAUUGGGCCAAGCGCAUAGCAGGAAUAAACGGGUCCAAGUUCACUGUUAUGGAGAGGCCAUAUUCACUUCUACAACAAGCAGCAGAAGAGGGGCGGAUUGAGAUCGUCAAAUAUCUUGUCGAGACACAAAAGGUUGACAUUGAGACACAGAAUUCGCUCGGGGGUACCCCCUUUUCCAUGGCCGUCUGUCGUGGGAAAUUGGAAGUAGCACAAUAUCUUCAGUACAAUGGUUGCUUGACGGGGGAAAAGUUGACGCCAGUCUUUUCAUAA